AUGUUGAAGGAACAAGAUGCAUUCGGAAAAGGACAAGGCUGCGAACCAGUGCCUAAACUGGUCACUCGAUGGCCCCUAGGCAUGGAUCUUCUUUGGAAGGCAGGCUGUCAUGUAAAGGAUCAGACAUUGAUGCAAUUCUUUACCGGAAUUGUGGAGUCAAGUGGAUAUACACAUGAGCAGCGAACGCGUAAAGCUUCAGACUUUGGCGUUGGGAAACGCUUCGACAAUUUCUAUCCUCUGAUGGGAAGUAGUAUCUUCACUCAAGACGGAGCAGAGUGGAAGCAUUCGCGUGCAAUGCUCCGCCCCCAAUUAGCCGCGAACCUCCAAAAGAACUAUGAUGCAGUCGAAAGCGCAGUCAACACACUCAUCAAGUCUAUCCGAGAUGAUACGGUCGUGGAUUUACUGCCCCUUUUCUACGACCUAGCCCUCAACACCACACUGUUCCUCCUAUUCGGAAGUACAAUGGGCUACUCGCAGAAUGACGACAACCCAGACGAGGGCGAAGGAUUUGCCGAUGCCUUUCUCGUAGCACAGGAAUUUCUAUCUCAUCGCGGCCGCCUGGGAGAUUACUACUGGCUUGCCAAUUCGAGGAAAUUCCAGCGCGCCUGCAAAAUCACUCAUCGCUUCAUCGAUCGGGGCAUCGACGCAGCACUCAGUGACCCAAGGGAUGAUGGCACCGACAAGGACGCCAGCUUCUGCAGUGCUCUCCGCCGCAAAACCUCGGACAGAAAAGCAAUCCGCGCACAAUGCCUCGCCGUCCUUCUUGCAGGCAGAGACACCACAGCCUGCACCCUCUCCUGGGCAUUCCGCCUCUUGGUGCGCCACCCCCGAGUCCUCGAAAAGCUACGCACAGAAAUCGAAUCAACAAUUGGUCUGGGCAAAGAUGCGCCGCACCCGACUCGCGCCAUAAUGAAACGCAUGCCCUAUCUCGACGCAGUCUUCAAAGAAGUCCUGCGCCUCUACCCCAUCGCCCCCGUCAACGGCCGCACCGCAAACUGCACAACCACGCUCCCCGUCGGCGGCGGACCCACGGGCCAAUCCCCCUUCCUCGUCCGCAAAGGCGAAAUCAUCGGGUACUCCGUGUACGUCAUGCACCGCCGCAAAGACCUCUACGGCGAAGACGCUCAUGAGUUUCGGCCUGAGCGCUGGGAAGACGGGACCCUGUUCCGCAGGAUAGGAUAUGGGUACUUGCCUUUUAACGGGGGUCCGAGGGUAUGCUUGGGGCAGGAGUAUGCGCAGCUCGAGAUUGCGUAUACGAUUGUAAGGUUGAUUCAGAAUUUCCCCAAUAUGAAGUUGCCGGUGGAUGAAACGGUUGUGCCCCUGGGUAUGGAGAAGCAGGCGCUUACGCUGGUGCUUGCGCCGGGAGAUGGAGCUCGGGUUCAUAUGCGCUCGUAG